AUGAAUUAAAUAUACUUAAAACCACUUGAUGAGACUUGUGAUAAUCCUUAGUUACACGAGGCAACGAAAAUGUUUCUUACAAUGAAUAAGGAAAAUCAUACUAGAGAAGAAUUACACUACAUUUUAUAAAGGAUGGAAGAACUGCCAUACUUUAAAUAAUUCGUUUCAGAGAAAUUGCAGAAAGGAACGCAAAGGAAUGAUAUUUUGGAAUUGUGCUCUCGAUUGAGGAUGGAAUAUUUUAAAGGAGGAGAAGUGUUGUUCCAAGAGAAUGAUACAUCAAAUGAUAAACUUUAUAUCAUAUAAUAUGGAGAAGUUAUGUUAAUGAGACAGAAAAAGAUGGAUUAGUUGAUGAUUUUGUAGAGAUAGAAUUCAGAACAGGUUCAAUAACCAUAACUAAAAAUGGCAUAAAUUCUAAAUGCUAAGAAAUUUACAAAUAAAAUUAUAAGACAUCAUAAUAUUCAUAAGGAGACAACGAUAUCUAAGGAGGAGAAAUAAUAAUUAGAAUAAUAAUUUGGAGAAUCGAUAAGGUUGUUAGGUGUAGGUACAGGAUUUGGAGAGAAAGCUUUGGUUGAAAAAUAUUCCUAGGUCACUAACAUUUUAAAGAAAGAUGAUUUCUUUACAUAUUAGAUGACGUUUGAAAAAACAAAGAAAGAGAAGUAACAAUUAAUGUUCAAAAUAUUCAAAAAUGUGAAUAAUGAAUACUCAUCUUAGAGAUUAGAGAGUAUGAUAUACAGUUGCUAAACCAUUACUUAUGACAGAGCAACUUAGUUAGCUACAGAGGAUGACGAUGGAGAUGCAUUUUAUUUAGUGAUAAAUGGAGAUUUGACUUUACAAAAAAGGAUUGAUAAUCGAAAUGUUUCUUUAUGUAUAAUAUCUUCAGGACAUUUGAUUGGGGAGGAAAUUAUUAUUAAUAAGAAUGGAACCUAUGAAUAUAGCUGCGUUGUGACAUCCUUAUUAGCUACAGUAAUUGUGAUUGAUGCAAAUGAGUUCAUCCAUAAGUUUCCAGAAGAAUGCAGAUUACAAUUAAUGGAAGAUUAUGGCCCUAAAACUGCUAAUAGAUAGAGAUUGUUGUAAUUAUUGUUGUAGAAGAGGAGAGCAUAGAAUUUAUCAAAUAAAGAUUUGACAAACGAAUAGGUAAGAUUAUUGACAGAGAUAGAUGAUGUAAUUAUUGAUUAGAGUAAAAUUCAUAUUGUUGAAAGUUUCAAAAAAUCAAAGGAAAUUUAAUUGAAUCAGCAUUUUUUAACUAAAUAUUCAAAUCCCAGCGUAUAAAAUUUUUGCAUAGCUAAAAUAAUAGACAGAGAAAAAACAUUUCAUAAGUUAAUAAAAAGUUGUGAAUUUUAAGAAUUUGAUUUUGGGAAUGGGAGCAAUGAUCUUAUCAAGAGAAGAAGAUUUAUGCUAGAAAACAAAUUAAAUUUGAAGAAGCCCCAUGAAAAUUAUCUUAAACCAUAAUUUCAUAUUCUGCCUCUCACUGUUAAGAGAGACUUGGUCAAAAACUUCAAACUCAAUUCCAAAAAAGGUGUCUGUUAUUCUAAUUUCAAUAUAACAACGCUAAAAAAAGGGUUAAAGAAUAAAAAAUAAUCCCCUUUGAAAAUAAAGGAAUUAGUGACAGCAAGACCUUCGCAAUAGCAAUUUGAUAGUUAUAGUACACAUAUGUUUACUUAGAUUGAUGAUAGGCAAUCACUUUGA